AUGAAGCUGAGCUCAGCGGCCUGGCCUUUACACUGGGGUCUCCUGCUCCUCUGGAUAGUGAGCCUCUGCAGCCGGGGACAGUCCACUGGCAACCAAAGCUCCAGAGGACAGACAGGGUCAUUGCAGGAGAGGACGGGGACAUGUGAAGUGGUGGCUGCUCAUCGCUGCUGCAAUAAGAACAAGAUUGAGGAACGCUCUCAAACAGUGAAGUGCUCGUGCUUCCCAGGACAGGUGGCAGGGACAACAGGGGCUCGGCCCUCUUGUGUUGAUGCCUCCGUUGUGCGUCAGAAGUGGUGGUGUAAGAUGGAGCCGUGUCUGGAGGGGGAGGAGUGCCGAGUUCUCCCUGACCUCACCGGCUGGUCGUGCAUUUCCGGGAACAAAGUGAAGACCACAAAGGUGAGGACAAGGCCUGAGUGA